AGCACAGAGAGGCCAGUUACGUUCUGCAGCUUCCAGAGGGAAUAAGCCUCCUGAGGAGUACAGUUAUUCCAAUUUUCUUGUGGCCCAGGUAUCACUACUGAGGCUGCAAUGGCAUGGUGGAAGGCCUGGAGUGAAGCAGAGGGCAAGUCCGUGACAGGUGCUUUAAACUUUGACCCCACUCCUGAUGCUCACACUCUAUACAAAGCCAUGAAAGGGCUCGGGACUGAUGAACAAGCUAUAAUUGAUGUCCUAACCAAGAGGAGCAAUAUGCAGCGCCAACAGAUUGCCAAAUCCUUCAAAGGACAGUUUGGAAAGGAUCUGAUUGAAAGCCUGAAGUCUGAACUGAGCGGUGACUUUGAGAGGCUUAUUGUAGCUCUCAUGUACUCCCCAUUCCAGUAUGACGCCAAGGAGCUCCAUGAUGCCAUGAAGGGUGUGGGAACAAGUGAAGGUGUUAUCAUAGAGAUCCUGGCAUCCCGGACAAAAGCGCAGAUCAAAGAGAUAAUCAAGGCAUACAAAGAAGAAUACGGUUCUGAUCUGGAAGAAGACAUAAAAUCGGAAACAAGUGGUUACCUUGAACAGAUGCUGGUUUGCCUUCUUCAGGGUGAGAGGGACAAUGCCACUCUCUAUGUGGACACAGCACUGGCUCUCCAGGAUGCAGAGACUCUCUAUGCUGCUGGGGAGAAGAUACGGGGCACUGAUGAGACACAAUUCAUCACCAUCCUCUGCACAAGGAGUGCCACACACUUGCUGAAAGUGUUUGAAGAAUACCAAAAACUUGCUGGUAAGAGCAUAGAAGAUUCUAUCAAGAGUGAAACUCAUGGUUCACUAGAAGAUGCCAUGCUGGCUAUUGUGAAAUGCACAAGGAAUGUCCGUUGCUACUUUGCGGAGAGGCUGUACCAUGCUUUAAAGGGGGCUGGCACCGAUGAUGGAACUCUUAUAAGGGUGAUUGUUUCUCGAAGUGAAGUUGACUUAAAUCUUAUAAAGGUUGAAUUCAAGCAUAUUGCAGGAAAGUCUCUCUCCAGCAUGAUUCUGGAUGACACCAGUGGUGAUUACAAGACAGCCUUGUUGAGUCUCUGUGGCAGUGACUGACAAAAUCUAGGAAGAAGAUGUUGAAAUGGAUACCGAGGGGAAAAUUAACAGUGAACAAGGGUCUGAAAAUGUACAUGUAGAAAAAUCUUUCCAUUGAUACAAGGUGUGUGUGUGGGGGGGAAGAGAUCAAAUUAAUGGUGAAGAUUUCCAAAGCUCUCUGAAGGAUGUGCAUGUUCAUUACACAUUAAAAACUAUUCACUUCCUGACAGUUUUUCAAACACAAGUGGGAAUAUUCUUUUUUGUUUCUAUUCUGUUCUAUGCAAUUUCCUUGCUCUUUUAACACACUGUGAAAGGGUGGCACUUGGAUGUGAAAUUAAAGACUUUUUUGAACCCUCUGCAGGUGUUUCAUAAUUCUGAACAACCCUACAAAGCUUGGGCUGUCCUCAAGCCUUCCUAACUUCUAGGACAAGCUGGUACAGUACCAACUGGGUCUGGAAGGAGUCCUAGAUAUUAAUGGGGCUUUAGGGUGUGGGUCGGAAUGGAGAAUUCAGUUGUAGAGGAGGGAGGGGAGCUGGUUUAGCAGCCUUAUCUGCAUAACUUCAGUGAGGACUCCCCAAAGAGCAGGGAAUGGUAGAGCCAAACUGGCUGUAAGCAUGUGAAAGUUGAAAGCUGUGUGCUUGAUUUCAUACUUGGUUAUGUGUCUGCAGGGGUGGGGGAGACUAGCAAGUUCAUGGUACGACAUAAAUCGGACUGUGGGGAAUUCAAAACUGGCCCGGAUGACUUGUUUUUGGUGAAUGUAGGAUAUCCUACUCUUGGGAAGAGACUUGUUUCUGUUCCUAGUUUCACAGUAAUUUCACAGGGGUCAAUGGACUGCCUUGGAAGUUGCCCCCCACCUCCAUGACUGCCCCAAAUUUGGGCAGUGAUACAGAGAGAACAGGAUGAAAUGCUUUGACAAGCUCAUGUCUGCCUUGAUCAAUAGUUCAGGUGAACAUGAAGAGGAGGUGGUUUCAAUCUCUGAUCCUUUAAGUGCUUGUGUUUUCAGUGAUAACCCGAUUUCUCACCUGGACUAAAAGUGAGUUGGAGAUAUGUCUCUAGACAGCGUCAAGGGGGAUGUAGACCAGCUCCAGCCAUCAAAGAACAGGGAAUCACAUCUCCAUUCUGCUGACCAGAGGACCUACUUGAUUUUUCGGAGAGUCACUUGUCGUUGCCACUGAUGAUCAGCCUUCUCCUAGUUUUGCUUAAGAGCAGGUUCAGAGGCUGAUUUCUAGCGAGAGGCGUGCCGGGACCGGCAUGGGAUGCCUGCUGCGGAGAAAACCGUGCUUACACCACCCUCUUGUGGGUGACAGCCUGUGUACAGCCCGGCCGGCGGGACCACGGCGGGGAGAGCUCACGGACCCACGCGGGACCCCGAGACCUGUCCGCCGGAUAGGGCAGAUAUGAUGCCAGUGCACAUAAAUCAUGUUUAAGCCCUGAAGACUCCUAUUCCAGAGAAAGCUGACUUCAUAUAGUGUUGCUUAAUUCUCCCAGCAUCCCAGUGCAGAUGUGGGUUGAAACCCAGAAGGCCGAACAGAGGAUCCCCAGGCAAUGGCCAGCCACAGGCAAGCAAAGGCUCUGCUUAAGAGCGCUCUCAUCACUGUGCCUUCUGGAGAAAAGAAGAAAAGAUUGGAUGGUCUGGCUUUACUUGCAUUUCUAUUUUGUAACAGUUUGGAGUAAUUUUUGUAUAAGGUAUAUUUAAGUGUUCAAAGUGAGGUUAAAAAAAAAAAAACAUUGUUCCUGUCAGGAAGUGGAAGAAAACAGCAAAUAUCUUAAUUGGGUGAAGCGGCAGAUCUCUUUCCCAUCUCCUCAUGCUUAGGAAUGUUUUUUAAGGCGGAGGAAAUAAUCUGAGGACGAUAUUCAAUCUUCCUGGUUCCCUACGGUUUCCCCAGCAGUGCUCAGAGGCACCCUGGGAUGGUGCAGGCUGUUGGGCUAGGCUGGGGCAAGCAAAGAGCCUUGCCAGAGGCAUCAGAGCUGGCACUGGGGCUUCUGUGAGGCAGCCCGGACAGCACUUCAUUUCAGAGCAGAGGGUGGGUGUGCUGGUUUUGGCUGGGACAGAGUUAAUUUUCUUCAUUGUAACCAGUAUGGAGCUCUGUUUUGGAUUUGGGCUGAAAACAGUGUUGACAAUGCAGAGACGUUUUCGUUAUUGCUGAGCAGUGCUUACACAGAGCCAAGGUCUUUUCUGCAUCUCACCCCACCAGCGAGUAGCUGGGGGUGCACAAGGAGUUGGGAGGGGACACAGCCAGGACAGCUGACCCCAACUGACCAAAGGGAUAUUCCAUACCAUAUGGCAUCAUGCUCGGUAUAUAAUUGGGGAAGAUGGCUGGAAGGUGGGAUUGCUGCUCAGAAACAGAUGGGCCAUUAGGCUUGUUUGGGUUUUUUGUUUUUGUUUCUUCUCUGCAGGUAGUGAGCAAUCGCAUUUGUGCAUUGCUUCUGUUACACAUAUAUAAUUAUUAUUAUUAUUCUCUUCCUUUAUUAUACUGUUAAACUGCCUUUAUCUCAACCCAUGAGUUUGAUUUUUUUCUUUUUUUUCCCUGUUCUCCUCCCCAUUCCACUGGCAGGGAAGAGUGAGCGAGCAGCUGCAUGGUGCUUAGUUACCAGCUGGGGUUAAACCUCAACAGUCCUUUUUGGUGCCCAAUAUGGGGCACAAAGGGUUGAGAUAACAGAUCUGACCAGAGCAUGUUAAAACAAAUUCAUUGUAAGCAUUCAUUAUAUUAGUUUAAUAGUUGCUCAUCACAAUGUUGUAUUAUUUGUUCAUAUGGUUGUGUAAAGUAAUUCCUUACGUUAUGUAUUCCCUAUGGUGCUGUUUAUCAUCUCUGGGAGCUGGAAGACUUUUUUCCUUUUGCUGCACUGUGUACUACCCGGUUAUGAUAAGAUAACAUUAUUAGCCAUGAGAAUUAUUUGGUAUGUGUAUUCAGCAUUGCUGUCAUUUCCAUACCUCGGGCGCUAUCUCCUGGGAAUUAUUAAUAAUAGCGCACUCUACCUUUUUUCCCCAGAGAACCAAUCUAUGGGGGAGACAGAGAGGAAUACUUUCACCUUCACUUUCCCUUUCUCCUUCAGGCUUGCUACCACAUCUCUUGAGAAUUUUGAAUAUCCUUGUUCCUAUUGCUAGAUCUCUUGAAUGUGGUUCAGGUCUUGUUUAGGGUUAAACAACUAAUAAAGAAUACCACUCAGAGACCUGCCCCGAGACUGGCUGGUUAUGAGUGGGAUAGUAUGGGCAAGUACCUAGAUCAGUGGGCACCUCCAGUGUUUUGGAACUUCACCCCUGAACAAGUGCAGAAUCCUGUAAAACUAGUAAAAUAUUUGGAAAAAGUCUGCUGGCAAUUCCAGAGAGACAUAAAUCACUGCAACGUGCUGGGGGGCCUGGCCCCUGCCUAUCAAGCCCUGUUCAAUACUAUUCAGUACUCUCAAGGGAAAGAGAAGGUCUCUGAAUCUGAUGACCAAACAGGCACUGCAGUUACUCCACCUCCUUUUUUUUUUUUUUUUUUUUAAUCCUCACUGCUGGGCAGAUGGGAGCCUUUCUGAAUGGACACUGCUGAUUAUUUUUUAUUCCAAAAUUAAUAAAUUAAUGGUAAAU